GUGGCUCCUUGGAUGGUGCCCUGGAUUGAGCGCAGUUGCGCACAGGACCCGGCCAACUCUUCUUCUUCUUCUUCUUCUUCUUCUCCUGGAUCUUGAAUGUUUUUGGGGGCACACAAGGGACCAUGUCGAUGCUGCCCACUUUUGGCUUCACCCAGGAGCAAGUCGCCUGCGUCUGUGAGGUUCUCCAGCAAGGGGGCAACAUAGAAAGGCUGGGGCGCUUCUUGUGGUCCUUGCCAGCCUGUGAGCACCUCCACAAGAAUGAGAGUGUCCUGAAGGCCAAGGCUGUGGUGGCAUUCCACCGGGGCAACUUCAGGGAGCUGUACAAGAUCCUGGAAAGCCAUCAGUUCUCUCCUCACAACCACCCAAAGUUACAACAGUUGUGGCUCAAGGCGCAUUACAUAGAGGCGGAGAAGUUAAGGGGGCGCCCCUUGGGUGCUGUGGGCAAAUACAGGGUGCGCAGAAAGUUUCCUUUACCCAGGUCUAUCUGGGACGGGGAAGAAACUAGUUAUUGCUUCAAGGAAAAAAGUCGGAGCGUCUUGAGAGAGUGGUAUGCACAUAACCCCUACCCCUCACCCAGGGAAAAGAGGGAGCUGGCUGAGGCCACUGGACUGACCACCACCCAAGUCAGCAACUGGUUCAAAAACAGGAGGCAGAGGGACCGAGCAGCGGAGGCCAAAGAGAGGGAGAAUAACGAAAACUCCAAUUCCAACAGUCACAACGCUUUGUCUUCUUCAAUGAAUGGCGGUAAAACAGUUCUUGGAAGUUCAGACGACGACAAAACGCCAUCAGGCACCCCAGACCACACCUCGUCCAGUCCAGCCCUGAUGCUCACCUCCAAUCCUGGCCUCCAGGCACUUCAUGGAAUGGGUCACCCUCAGGGCCCCAGCGCCAUCCCGGUACCAGGGGCAGAUACCAUGCACCAUCAUACUUUGCAAGACUCAAUCCUCAACCCAAUGUCAUCUAACUUGGUGGACCUUGGCUCUUAAGACUGACACAGCCAUCUCUUAUAAAGAAUCUACACCACCGAAAUGUGGGUUAGUAACUCCAUUAAUGGCACUAUGGUUGGUCCUGUAGUCUGUGGAGAAGAGGUACAGUAGUGGGCACGAACACCAUCCCAGGUGAACUUUACCUAUCUUUAUCUUGCCUAAGCUUCCAUCUUUGCAUUCUUUAUCGAGCCUAUAAGUUACAAUAAAGCCACUGCACCUCCAAGUAUCUCCAGUGUUGAUAGAGUAUAUCAUCUUGGCCUCCAGGUGCUUUAUGGGAAAGUCACCCUUGGGGUUUCAUGCCAUCCCUAUGCCAGGAGCAGCUUCCAUGCACCAUCACACUUUACUAGACUUAAAGGUAACCCCCAAUGUCCCAGUGCUGGAUGUGGAUAAUGACUUUUGGUUGGUCCUAUGGUCUAUGGCGAAAGAGUGAGAUAGAAGGCAUCAGCACCAUCUCCAAUUGACCUGCACACAUGCCCACUUAUCUAAGUUCCACCAUCACAGUCAAGCAUAUGUGUUGAGGAGCACCUACAAAAUGUUUCCAAAAUGUAUCAUGGCCUCUGGGAUCCAUAGAUACCGGUUUACAAGAGCAAAGUGGAACUAGAUGCCUCUCUAUGUAUCUCCAUGGACCUUUCAUAUUUUUUAUUUUUUUGUUGAUAUGAACUCUAUAUAUAAUGUAGGUGUCCUGUAUACCACAAGGUCAUAAUCCAGGGUAUUUAAUCAGACCUUGUGCCAGGGACCUGCUUCUUCUAUUGCCCAAAACAAAGCACUUUCCAAUACCCCUCCAAAUGACAUUAUCUACCCCCUUUAUGCUUUGGAUCAGGUCAGUUGUCAUAUUAUUAUUAUUAUUAUUUUAUGUUUCU